UGCCCAGAGUGUAGGGCAGGCUGAGGGAAUAAAAGACCUUUACACCCCAGCGUCUCCUGCCCCGGAAGACUUGGGACCGAGGGGACCAGAUCCCUGCCUGAAGGUGCACAUUCCUGCCCCCAGCCACUGCAGAUUUCGGGACGGUGGAUUCAGAACUGCCACUUCCCUCAGGACCUUGAUGCGUGCUCGGAGACAGUGAGCCCUGCAGAGACAGCCUGUGGGCACAGCCUUCUUCUCCUUGCCGCUUCUGCCAUGGGCGUGAGUGGACGGCCCAUUCACCAUGAACUGUGACCCUGCUGGCAUUGCCAGGUGGCCCUGUGUCCCUCGCCCAGGACCUGACAGCCUGGCAGUUGCUUCCUCAUUUCUGGUGUGCUUAAUCCUCAUGGAGCUACAUCCGUAACCAUGGUGACGCGGGUCGAAGUUGGCUCUAUCGCAUCCCUGAGGGCGGGGCCGGGCCUUGGUGACAUCAGCAGGGAGGAAGCCCUGAAGAGAACCUACUUUUGCCAGACUGGGGACGCCCCUGGGGCUCCCUCCACUAGGCUCCUAAGAGCAAAAAGCCCCCUACGGAACCACCUGUUCCCUCUGCCCAUUGCUCCCAAGCCUUUUCUUAAGGAGCAGGUCCUUGAGAAGAAGGCUCCUGUCACACCUUUGUGGCCUGGAGCCACUCAGUCCUGUCCUUCAGCUGAGGCCAACAAGAAGGAAGCUAAAGAGGACGUGGCUAGAAGGAUGCCAAGCUUAGCCGGCCAGGAGGCAGACAGUGGGGAGACCCUGCAGAAUGGCCCAUCUGUACCUAACAAGGCCAUGUUCCUGAGGUCUGGCCCCAGCAGCAUGGGCCUCUUUGAAACGACCAAAGCUGGACCCAGCCUGGGCAAAGGAACCAGUGAGGGGAGCCAGGAGGCUAGCUCCCGGGCAGCCCAGGUAUCUCCCUUAAGUGCCAGGCCUGAGGUGGCCGCCAAGCCUGCCCUCCCUGCUCGAAAGCCCCCAGUGACUCUGCCCCGACCAACCUCCCUGUUCCGGGAUGCUGGGUCCGCUGUAUCCCAGGAGGAGGCAGGCCGAGCCCAACCUUUGCCAAAGGCCCACAGUGUGGAGGACCCCGCUGGACAGGCUCCAGAGGCCAAGCCUCACCCAAAGAGACGGCCCAUGUCAGCAGUGUUCAGCGACUACCUGCAGCCCCCCAAACCAGGCUCAGGUGGAGUGGCAGUCAUGAGCAAAGUUCCCCCUACACCUCCCGAGAAGACAUGGAUGAGGAAACCCAGGCCUCUGUCUGUGGACCUGACAGCUGUGUUUGAGAGCAGAGAGACGUUGCCGAGAAAGGUGGCCAGUGAGCAGAGUGCAACAGAGCCCCAGGGCCCGGAGAGGACCAGCAUGGAAACCAGGGCUGAUGUAGAGGGCCCUGCCCGCAUGGGCGCCACCCCUCAGGACCCAGAUUCAGACUUCCAGGAGGUGGCCAAGAGGCUCCACGCACGGAGGGAGAAGGUCCUUCGUAAGCAGACAGAUGCAGACAGUCCCAGGACUGCCAGGGCCAGGGCCAUCUCUGGAGACCAUCAGAGUCCCCAGGUUGAGGAAAAGCCAGACCAGGAGUCAGAGAAGGUGCUGGAGUCCCCUUUGCCCAGGCCAGGAAGAGGCCUGGGGCUGGCCCAGGUCAAGGGUGGAGUGUCUGACCAGGAGGCUCCUGCAGGGAUGGAGAGGAAGUCUGCUGGGAGCAUCAGGAAGUGCCUCAGCCUGUUUGAGGAAGGCAGCACUGUGUCUGAGCCCUCCCCCGUGGCCCCCGAGUCCCUGCCCUCAACGCCAGAGCCUGAGAGAUGUGGCCCGAAUGUUCAGGCUCGGAUCAAAGGCUGGACUGUGGAGAGCACAGGGGCGAAGCCAGAGGUCAGGAGAAGGGCGUCACAGGGGCGGCUGUUGCCUGAGGAUUUGACCAAACCGUUCUCACGGUCACCUUCAAGCAAUGAGGUUGGGUACGAGAAAUGUGCUGUGUUGAGCGGUGAGCGCCCCAGUGAGAGGAGAGAAAAGCCUAAGGAAGGGCAUGGUUUGGAUGGAGCACCCGCUGCAAAAAGUCCCUGGAAGUCUGGGGUACCCCAGAAGUCUAGGCAGACCGAACCCAAAGAUGCUUCUGACCAGGAAGACCCUGACAGGUGUCAGCGUGCACACUCAAUGGCAGACCCAGGCCCUUCUGAAGUCAGUCCAGAUGAUGAUGGCAGCUUCCAGAAGGUGUGGGCCACAGUAUUUGAGCAUCAUGUGGAGAAACACACAGUGGUUGACCAGGCAGGCUGUUGUCUCUCACCUACACCCCCUCCUGAUGUCACUGACAUCCCAGAUCCCAAACCCAGGCCCGAGAAAGGCUAUUGGCUAGGGAAGGACCCUCCAGCAGUAUUGAACAAGAGAGACAGCUCCAGGUGGUCCAACCAUGCCGACCCGGGGGUGCUGGGACGAGCUGUCCCUGUAGAUGUGGAGCCGAGACAGUGUCGCACAUCUGUCCCCGAGACACACCCCAUGGGAGAAGGACACAGUGGUCACUCUGUCCGGAGGUGUCUAGAAAGUCCCCCUGUGUCCCAGAGGAUCCAGCCCAGGUAUGACAUUGUGUAUGCCUCAGGGGAGCGAGCACAUAGUGAAGCAGUUUCCAGGGUGCCUGAGGAGAAGGCGGUGACGCUGCGCGUUCCCAGAUCCCGGCUCUCACUGCAGGGCCGGCAGCUGUCCCAGGAGAUCAGCCCUACUCACCUGGAGUAUGCUCUGCAGGCUCACGGGGGCGCUGUCCAAAGGGCAAGUUCAGUAUGGGAAGCUCGGGGUCAGGAGGCCAGUGGACAAAAGCUUGACUGUCAACAGCCAAGGGAUGGAUUUGGGGGUGGUUGCUCACCCUCCAAAUGGACGGGAGCAGGAGUGGUGGCAAACUGUCACAGCACCUCUGUGGUCAGCAAAGAUCUCAGUGCCCCCCAAAGGGGUCCAUCCUGGGAUGGCUCUUCAAAUCCUCCAUCCAGGGCCACCAUUGAGCCCGGUGACUCCUUAGUACGAGCAAGGCCGGACUCAUUGUCUCUGCCAAAAAGUCCACAUGAAGUUGCCUAUGAGGGUAACCCAAGACCAGCCCAGGCAUUGCAGCCCGAAGUCAGAAUGCGGAGAUCCAACCCUUCGGAGCCAAGGAUGGACAGGUGGAGACGGCGGACUCUGCCCCAUGAUGUGAAGUUUGAUGCAUUCAGCCUCCUCAAGCCAGAGAACACUUCCGAAAGGCAACAGAGACCUGCAGAUGAUGUGAUCUCCCUACCCUGUGCCUUAAAGAGACCUCCGCUGUCCUACCACCAGGCACAAACACAGGAGGUGGCUUACCCAGUGGAGAAGCCAGGGCAGACUGCUGAACCCAGUGCAACUUUCUUUGCCGUCACUUAUCAGAUCCCUGAUAUUCAAAAGGCUAAGAGUGUUGUUAAGCCAGGGCCUGAAAAUGUGUUGGAACCUUCUAGGAGAACAUCUCCUCCUCUGUCACCUCACUCUUCUGUGUCUACUGUGGCUUCUCCUAGCCAUGAAGAGCCGAGGGCUCCCGCCAGCAGUAAGGGCUUGGCUAAGGGGAAAGAAUAUGAAGAAGCAAAGAGCCUUCCAAAAUACCCGAAGGCCGCAGAUCAGCCUUCAUCUGCCAGGGACAGGACUCUGGAGCCUUCCAGGGACAGAGUCAUUGAUGUGGAUGCUCUGGGGACUCACCGAGUCUCAGAAGAUGGCUCCUCAAAGGACAGCAGGAUUAGGGCAUCAGGAGCGGAUGCCCCACAGACCUCUCCAGUCCUGAGGCGCCCCAAAAGUCUCCUAAGUAGAAGGAGAACAGAGGUGAUCAGCGAGACAUUCCCAGGGAAGAUGAGAGAUGGCUACAGGUCUGGCAUCCUUGACAUCGAUGCUCUGAUGGCCGAGUACAAAGAGCACUCAAGCAGAGCCCCCAGCAAGGCCCAGGAGCAGAGGCACAGUCCUGGGGAGCCCAGUGGCUCUCCUCAGGAGAGAUUAGAUUGGCCCACGGAGGUGGAGUGGCGGCGGAGGAGCCUGAAGGAAGUUCCGAGAUCAGAUAGUGUUGGGAAACAAGCAGGGGCCUCUGUGAAAACUCCCCAGUCCCCUGGCCCUAGCAAGCAGCCAGCAGAGCCCUUAGGGGCAACCAUGACCACCAAGUCUGGCCUGCCACUGUGGGCACCACCACACUCGGCUUCUGCAGAAAACUGUCCCUCACUCUCCCCUCUCCCUGUUGGCUCCAGGAAAAAAUCCACAGGCAUCACUGAGUUUGAAAGCAAGCCCUCCUCCAGUGAGUACCAGGAGGCAAAAUAUAAACAAGGCCCAGUCAAGUCCCAGGAACCAGGCAUCGAGGACAGAAUCUCCCCCAGGUCACCUCCCUCUGACUGGAAGAAAGGGACACCAAAGAGAUCCACCGGUCAGGGGGUAGAGGGCAAUGGGGUGCCGUGGGGAAACCCUCCAUGUGACUAUGUUUUGUCACCACUGGACAUCAAGAGGGCCUGCUCAGAGAAGGGCCCACCAGCCAGGGUCCGGGAGGGCCUGUCCAUUAUGCAGGACGCCAGGCAGCGGAGACAAGAACAGCCCAGAGGGAAGCCAGCUCUCCCGACUGAGACUCCCAAGGCCCCAUCAGUGUCCUGCCGAAAGGAGACGAGGAAGCCAGAUGGCCCUAAGGUGCCUCUGCAGAACCCGGAGCAGGGGGAAGGUCUACAGGAUGGCCAGCAGCCUCUCCGGCAGGUGUCCCCUGUUGCCUCUGUCCCUAGGCGAAGUCACAGCUUUUGCAAGGACAAGAGGAGUAGUCCCUUUGUGAACCAGCUGAAGCAGUGCUUCUCCAGGAGAACCACCGAGGCCAAGGACACCGACACCCUUGUGCACGAGGCCGACAGCCAGUAUGGGACCUGGGCAGACCAGCACCAGAAUGGAGGCAGCUUUGGGCCCGAGUCCCCGUCCUCUCCUGACAGCAGCGCUGCAUCUGCUGGGAAGCAGCCACCAAGCAGCCACUUGUCCUCAUACACGGAAUCCACAUCGGUGGAGCAGCAUGACAGCUCCAGGGACCGGCGCAGCUCCAGCGUGGACCGCUCCAGUUCCGAACUGGAGUCCACAGAUGGUCCUGAAGGGCCACCUCCAUCAGACGCUUGUCCAGCAGAGAGAGAAGAUGACUUUUCCUUCAUCCAUCAAACCUCAGUCCUCGACUCAAGUGCCCUGAAGACCCGGGUGCAGCUGAGUAAGCGAAGCCGCCGUCGGGCUCCCAUCUCCCACGCGCUCCGGCGCAGUCAGUUCAGUGAGUCAGAGAGCCGGUUCCCUUUGGAAGAGGAGUCGCACAGCACUUGGAUGUUCAAGGACUCAACAGAAGAGAAGUCGCCCAGGAGGGAGGAGUCGGAUGAAGAGCCACCCAAGGUGGAGAGGACCCCUGUCAGCCAUCCACAGAGGAUGCCCGUGUUCCCAGGCAUGGACCCAGCCAUGCUGAAGGCUCAGCUGCAUAAGAGGCCAGAAGUGGACAGUCCUGGCGAGUCCUUCAGCUGGGCCCCCCAGCCCAAGACCCCUAAGUCGCCCUUCCAGCCUGGGGUGCUGGGGAGUCGGGUGCUGCCUUCCAGCAUAGACAAAGACGAGAGGUCAGAGGAGCCCUCGCCCCAGUGGCUAAAGGAGCUGAAAUCCAAGAAGAGGCAGAGCCUGUAUGACAAUCAAGCUUGACCAGACAUCACCAUCCAUAAACUCAAGCCUUAACCGCCAUGCGUCAGAACCCGAGGCCAAGCCACUGCUCCUGCUCCUGCUCCUCCCCAGUCAUGCUCCCGUGCCUGGGCCUUUCUGCCCUGAAGACACAGUGCUGAGCUUCAUCUGGGUCCCCACAGGAAGGAAUACCCUGCCCCAGUACCUGCUCCAGUCUCCAGAAGGACCUUCCUGAGCUCCUUGCAGGAGUGGAUUGCCUUUGGCAUGGCAGUUGGCCUUCCUGCCCUGCACACACCUCACAGGAGGACUCCCUCAGCUCCCCAGGAGCCCUUCUGAAAGGACAUGGACAAGCAAGCUUGAAUGGCUCUCAGUCCAGACAUUACACUGGUGUCUCCUGGGUUUUGAUUUUUGUUUUUGGACAGGCUCUUCUUUUCCUCACUUAGAUCUUUUGUUGAUAUUUAUAAGCACACAGCCCCCUGUUCUGUCAGUACACUUAUCCUGCCUGUGAGGCUGUGUGCACAGUUGGCCUGUGUCUCACCACUUUCAAGUCUGCUUUAGAGGGGGACAAAGCAAUAAUGCAGCCAAUUUUCUUGGAAACUUGACAACACCAUGUAUUUCAGCAUUAACAGACAGACGAAAGGGAUGGACAGUAUCCAGUUGCCUCAGGUUACCCGAUCCCUACCCAAGCCUAUGAAAGCUUGUCAGUUUUACCCUCAUCCACAUCUGGGUUGCUCUGGUUUCUGUGAGGUAGCCUUUUCCCCUUGGUCCCAAGUGUUACCAACCUCAGUGCAUGGUCAAGUGCCUUGGCCACUCUUGUACUAGACCUGCUCCGGGUGUCUUUCUUCCUCAUCUUUUCUGAACACGUGUGUCCUGCUGGAGUGAAGACCGGACUAAGUCAGAUCAGAACAGAUGCGGCCCCACCCCAUUGAGUGACCCACCCGGUUGAGUGAUUGUUGAGGUCUGUCUGGAUGUUGAUCUAACUCAAAGUCUCCUGUAGUGGGAGCCUCAGGCCAGAUGCUGGGCCACGAUGUUCUCCUUUGCAUUCUGCUAGCUGAAUCCUCACUCCUGGAAGUUUCAAGCCUUCUGUACUCCGGACAGCCACCCUGUCUUGUUUCCUUUUGAAUGGCCUCAAGAUGUUAUCAGAAGCCCCAGCACCAGCGGUCAUCCCAGACAUGCCAGGUCAGCUGCCCGCCGUGCCGGCAGCUUCCAGAGACCUUUUUCCAACCUUGGCUUGGUGACAUGUUUGGUUUGGGCAGUUCCAAGGUGAUCCAUGGCUGUGGAGGACCCUGGGUCAUGUGCUCUGACAGAUGCCUGCCUGGCACUUGUGCCCGAUACUGCCCUGACCUCCUCAUCGACAAAAGUCGUUCUCUGUAAAUCCAUUACCUGCAAAUGGUGUCAAGACCCGCCUCUCUGUCUUCUCGCCUUAGCUCCUCUCUCAGCUACCCUCUCUGCCCAUUUCCCUUUGGAAGGAUGUGGUGGGAAAAGAUGGUGUUAUUGGGUUAGUAGAUCACCUGUGCCUGGGGGCUGAGGUACACAGCACUUAGGAGACUUCAGGCUCCACUCACACCCCACAUGCACCCCACCCGCACCCCACCCGCACCCCACCCACACCCCACCCUGUGCUCUGGCUACUGACAAGAGCAGAAGUUCACACUUCACUGAAUUCUCUUCCUUCCCUGAGCUAGUGGUGAGCGGACAUCGGUCCCCUGAAAUCAUUUGGGCUUCAGUCUCCUGCAGAGGCUUUCGUAGCUCCUCUUUUCUGCUAUGUUUUUGGACCCACUUUGUACGCUGUAGCACGUUUGACCCGGUAGUUGCCUGCCAGGGACUCCCUUUAGAACACACGAGCAGGGCUGAGGAGGUGUGUGACUCAGUGGGUGGAGCCUGUGCCUAACACAGAGGUCCCGGGUUCUGUCCCAGUUCCACAUAAGCUGAGUGAGGCAGUGCACACCUGUGAUCCCAGCACUUGGGGGAAAGGAAGAGGCUUGGAAGUUCAAGGCCAUCCUUGCCUACAGAAGAAAGCCGGAGGCUAGCCUAGACUGUAAAAUCCACUCUCAGAACGGAAAAAAGACAACAAACAAACAACAAAACAAACCCACAAAGCAACACUCUGCUCAUGUUUCUAACUUCCCUCCGCUCUCUUCUUUGUUCUGGGUGUAAAGAAUCCCACGAUGGCAGAAAGUGUUCUGUUUCAAGAAUUGAAAGGCAUAGUAGUAGAAUCAAAAUAAGUUUGCCUUGUCUAUCACUACCUAACCCCUUGCGCUUGAUUGACGAGAAAUAAAUUUGAUUCCACAGGGAGACCCAUAUACUGACCCUCCAGAACCCAAGAUCUGACAGUCUCACUGGGUCACGAGUGACCCUUCUGGUGCAGGUUGGCCGUGUCCCCCUUAGAACCAGUGCGGUGAGCAGAGAGUCCAUGCUUAGACCCAUGGCCAAGCUGAAAGAGUGACUCAUUUAUUCCCCUUCUCUAAACCAGGUAAAGACUCUGGGGUCAAGUAGUGUCCUGUUACUCCUUUGGUUUCUCCAGGACCCACCUUUUAAAGUAACUUAACAUGCCUUAAGUGUGUGCAGUUCAGACACUUCCAUCUCCCCCAACUCUCCCUUCUGCUAACUCUGACUAUCUGCAGAGCUCCAGUAUGCUUCAUCUGACCCCUCUUUGCCCCACCCCACCCCACCCCAUAGAUAGACCUUCUCCCGCAUAGUCUGGCCUCACACAUACAGAGGCCUUUGUCCUGUGAAAUCAUACGGCACUGUGGGGAGUCUUCAAUUGCAACAGAGAACCAUGUGGUCCUGGGGAGUUGGGAGCCUAGUGUAAAAUUCAUCUGAUGGCCUCAGGUUUGGUAGAAUGUAGGGGCAGGGCCAGAGGAGCAAGCCAGGUUUCUGUCUAGAUACACGUUUUCCUCCUGCAGUGAGACCACCUCUAGGCAUAGGCCCAGGUCUUCAACCUUAGUCACUGAGCAGAGAUGGGAAAAAUCCUCUGUGAUUUCCCCAAGGGAAAGCUGGCCAAUCCUGGGAUGUGUGUGGGGCUGAGAGCUGCUCUGUCAAUCCUGGCUUUAAGAUUGCUCAUCCAGGUACCCACAGGAACCACCUGGAUCUAGACUUGAUUGAAAAGUGAGAAGCCACACCUGCCAUGUUAUUAUUCAGUCCCUGUCAAGUCCUGCAACAGAGAUGUUGUACCCUCCCAAUGUGCCUUUGCCCCAUCAUGUGUUGACAGGGAGCAGAUCUCCGAAUCUCUAGGUUCCUGACAUUGCUGGGGACAUUCUUGAGGUGGAGGGAACCCCAGGAGACUAGCAGGGCCCACUCCACACCUCUGAGUUUGCCUUGGCCUCAAGCCCCUCAGGGAGAGAGGACACCAUCAACUUUCAGAAAGGUCAUGUUCCAGAAGCCUGAAGCCAUGUCAGAAGGCAGCAGGCAGGAGACUUCACUUGUCCCUGUCCCAUGACCUCCAUGACACCUAGAGCAUCCGUUCAUCUCUAAGCUCCCACAGGAAAAGACACCUCACAGCCCGCAUCCUUCACCUAUGCUGUGACAAUCCCUGGCAGCAUCCAACCAGCUAGAAUCUCUCCUAUCCUCUAAAGGACAAUCUGAGCUUUUUAAUGUUCCUGUCCCGUGUCGCCUUACAGAUCUUGUUAUAUGGGUCUCACAAAGGUAAUGUAUUGAUACAGGGAAGGCAUUUAUACCAAGUUGCUUCUUAUUCUGUUCCAGAAGAACCAUGAUCCUCAACACACUUUGUAUGCUGGGGUGGGAGAAUGGAAUUAUGUCUGUGAAUAUAGGGUUAUAUUUUCCUAACUGUUCUUCUGGGUCCCGCCUGGGAUGUUUGCGACAUGAUCGGGAAGGACUCACAAGAUGCACGUCCUGCCCAUGGCAUUCUGACAGCUGCCUUACCAAUCCACAAGCUGCAGGACUUCGGAAUGAAGGUGGACGGGGCACUGUCGCCAGUCCCAGGAAGGACCUAACUGCGUGACCGAGAAUUCAUCUAUAAAAACUGUAUUUUUACUGUCAAAACAAAUGGGGCUUCCUGGACUUCACAGUGAACGGAUGUCCCCUGUGUUUUUAUAUUUUGUCACCGUAAGAGGUUUUCUGGCACAGACAAGCAGUCAGGAAUCCCAGCUGGCUGCACCAAAUGGGGUGAACCCUGCAUGUGCAAACGGGGCACACCCAGACUCCAAAAGUAUUAAAUAAAGAUCUCACAGCAGUUGUGCUGGUAAA